UCCAAAUUUGUCUUUCAUUUCUUGUUCUUAAAUGCUUUUAAGGGGCUUUUUAUUUAUAAUGGAGAGCCAUCUCUCCCUCAGUUCGGCGAAGCCGCUCGUGCGUUUCUUUUGCCUUCCUCCGUCGCCAUCGUCGUCGCUAGUGGCAGUUGGCAUGCUCUCUGUUCACACUGUUCGGCGGCUAUAAAUAGCCUACCGGCUCCGCCUCGCUUCGUCACCCAUCCCCUUCCUCCGGCCCUCUCCGCCCACCGGUCGCUGAUAUAUAUCGCCUCUGAGCUCGAUCAGGAAUGGCCGACGCCGACGGAGGGAAGAGAGUCUGCGGCAUGCCGGAGAAGGUGCAGUUGCACGUCGCCAUGCUCUUGCUGCAGUUCGGCUACGCCGGCUUCCACGUCGUCUCCCGGACGGCGCUCAACAUGGGCACCAGCAAACUCGUCUACUCCGUCUACCGCAACAUCAUCGCUUUGAUCCUCCUCUUCCCCUUCGCCUACUUUCUCGAGAAGAAGGAACGGCCGACGAUGAAGUUCUCCUUUCUCGUGCAGUUCUUCGUUCUCGCUCUCUGCGGGAUAACGGCGAACCAGGGAUUUUACUUGCUUGGCCUCGACCACACGUCGCCCACCUUCGCCUCCGCCAUCCAGAACUCUGUUCCGGCUAUCACCUUCGCCAUGGCUGCCGCCCUCAGAAUCGAGAAGGUGCGGCUCGACCGGCAAGAUGGAAUCGCGAAGGUCGCCGGAACGCUGGCGUGCGUCGGCGGCGCCACCGUGAUCACGCUCUACAAAGGGCCGCCCAUAUUUGACCGCGCCUCUACGACUGCGCUGAACUCUGCAGCGCCGGCGUUCAUGGCGGAGGGGAAGAACUGGAAGCUGGGCUGCGUCUACCUCAUCGGCCACUGCCUAUCCUGGUCAGGGUGGCUGGUGCUCCAGAAGCCGGUGCUGAAGAAGUACCCCGCCAGGCUCUCCGUCACCUCCUUCACCUGCUUCUUCGGCCUCCUCCAGUUCCUCAUCAUCGCCGCCUUCAUCGAGCGCGACUCCGACGCCUGGUCCUUCCACUCCACCGGCGAGCUUUUCGCCAUCUUCUACGCCGGAUUCGUAGCGUCCGGAAUCGCCUUCUCCGUUCAAAUAUGGUGCAUCGACAGGGGCGGCCCUGUGUUCGUGGCAGUGUACCAGCCAGUUCAAACUCUGGUCGUCGCGAUCAUGGCUUCCAUCGUUCUAGGCGAGAAAUUCUACCUCGGCAGCAUCAUCGGAGCUGUCUUCAUCGUCUUGGGACUGUACCUGGUGCUGUGGGGGAAGAGUCAGGAGAGGAUCUUUGCUACCGAGGAGGCCUCCAUUGUCUCUUCCAGCUGCGUCCAUGAUGGCCUCAGGCCAUCGGCUGCCUCGCUCAAAGCUUCUUCCAACCUUGCUCAGCCACUGUUGCCCUCGUCGAUCUCCGAGAGUGCCUGAUAGAAUGCUUUCAGCAAGAUUGUCUAGGUUUUCUAAGGUUGCAAGUGGAGAGAUCUGUAACUGCUUGUUUAAACAUGAUAUUAAGUGUGCUUUUUGAG